CACCUCACCAGCUGUGGAACGGCAGCAGCAUGCUGUCAUAUUGCAACUUGUCAAGUAUCAGCAGCAUUCUGAAAACCCCAAAGCCUGCAGCUUUGCUGAUCCAACUUGUGAUCUCUCUCAUUCCUUUUCUCUGCUCUUCCUCGACAAGCUUCAACGAGCUUCUCUCUUGAUCUUUUUUCGCUUGUUCUCUUCUUCUUGUCUUCAUUUCACAACGCAAUUGCGCUUGGUCUUGAAGCGCAUCUUUGCAUUCUCUUGUUCAAUCGGAGCUGUGAGGGAUGAGUAAAGAAGAAGACAUCAAGUUCCUCAAGAUACAAACAUGCACGCUUAAAGUGAACAUUCACUGUGAUGGGUGUAAGAAGAAGGUUAAGAAACUGCUCCAGAAAAUUGAAGGGGUGUACACGACCAGCAUAGAUGCAGAACAGGGGAAGGUGACUGUGUCGGGCAAUGUUGAUCCUGCAACCCUCAUUAAAAAGCUUGCAAAGGCUGGCAAGCAUGCGGAGCUGCUUGGUGGUGGGAAUGGCAACAACAAGGAGGGACAGAAGGCUCCGCCACAGAACGGCAAGGGGCAGCCCAAGGAGAACGGGAAGCCGCAAAAGGGCGGUGGUGGAAAUGGUGGUGGGAAGGAGCAGAAAGCCCAGCUUCCGCAGCUCACACCGCAGCAGCAGAUGAUGCUCCAGCAACAACUGCAGCAGAUGAAGGGGGCCAAAGACCUGCAGAUGCCUCCUCAACUCAAGGGGGGCUUCAAUUUCUCCCCGCAGAAAAACCCUAAAGCCGCCAACUUUGCCUUGCCCCCCAAGGGCUGCGACGACGACUAUGACGACGAGGACGACUACGACGACGAUUAUGAGGACGAUGAUGACGAGAUGGAUGACUUUGACUGCUUCGACGCUGAUCUUGAGGACGACUUCAAGGACAUCAAGAUCAAGCCGGCAGUCGCUGCGCCGGCACAAGAUAAGAAGGGCGGGAAUGGGAAGAAAGGGGGAGAAGCUCCGGUGCACGGGAAAGCCGUGGGGAAUAAUAACGAGGGGAAGAAUGGCAAAAAGGGCGGCGGCGGAGGUGGAUCUGCCACCAAAAGUAAUGGCGGCGGUGGCGGGGGGAAAAAUGACGGCGGCGGACCGCAAGAGGGCAAAAAUGGAGCAAAUAAUAACAAGGGCACGGGGAACGCUAAUGGUGGCGGUAGCGACAACACUAACCCUGGCGGCAAUGGAGGUAAGAAAGGGGGCGCGAAGAAUGAGGCUGGCGUCGGCGGCGGCCAACCAUUGGUCAAUCCGAGGAUGAUGGGCCAAAGCUUCCCGGGCAUGGGAGCUCAGAUUGCCGGCAACAUGCUUCCCCAUCCUGCCAUGGGUCAUAUGGGAGCUACAGCCUCUGCCGCGGCCUUACAAGGACUCCCUGCCGGAACGCCGCACCCCCCUGGCUACUACCAAGUAGGCAUGACUCCGCCUCCAGCAGAGGCGAUCGCAGCCGCCAACCCUUACCAGCAACAGCAGUACAUGGCCGCCGUGAUGCAACAGCAGCAACAGCAGCAGCAGAGGAUGAUGAUGAUGAACGCCGCGCAAGAUCGCGCCUUUCAGCCGCCCAUGAUGGGUUAUGCUCGGCCGCCGAUCCCGGCGUACUACAGCAUGAACUUGCCCCCGCCGACGAUGGCGCCACCGCACCACAGCGACACAUACACCUACUUCAGUGAUGAGAACGCCGAUAGCAGCUGCACAAUCAUGUGAAAAACUCCGACCUUUAUUGCUCAAUUAUGAUCGGUGCCUCGAUGUUCUUGUGUUUUUGUAAUUUGCCACUUGGAUUGCAUCCAUGAUCCAGUUUGAUCUCUCUUUUCAA